AUGGACCCUGAUCUUGCCGGCCAAAGUUCGUCACCUGUGGCGAAUUUGGAGACGGGAACUCUGCAGCAUCUCUCGCAGGAGCAGCUGCUGAUCUCGGAUGAGGAUUCUCUCAUAGGAGCAGCUACUGAUCUCGGAUGGUUCUCAUCAGGCGAAGGAUUCAUUGCACCUUUCGAUAUUGAGUUUUUAGUGACACACAAGGAACUUGACUUCUCUCAUUUGCUGGAUCAUUUAAGACGGCUACUUAGAGGUCAAGCCUCUCUAUUUGAUUGGUCUAGAUCUUCUUCCCUGGCGAGGACCUUAUCACCCAGAGUUUUGGAAAGUCAAAUAGAUGCUAAGAAGGAACUGGAGAAAAGUCUGAAGGCCACUUGUGAGGAAUUCAUCAUGUCUAUCACUAAGCUAGUUGUUUGA